AUGACUGUCAAUCAUAAAAGAGAAGCUUACAUUCACGAUAAAAUAUUUGGAACAUUGGGAAGACCACUUUCAAAAAUGGCUGAAGAAAAUGACAUGGGGAUGGGAAUUUUUGAUGAUAUCAAAAUAACAUGGAAUCAUUUUGGCCGUAAGUAUAAAUUUCAUUUUAAGAAAGAUGAACUUAAUUUUAUUAAUGUAUAUGAUGUUUUAAUGAGAAAAAUAUCUAUUGAACGUCCUGAUUUUGAGGGAUCUAUUGCUUAUAAUGAUAAACAUAGUAGACAGAUUAUUAUUACUAAUGAUGUUGAAAUGAGACAAGCAUUAAAAGACUUUAAUAAUAAAUUAAAAAUUUAUACAACUGUACAAAAUGAUAAAGGAUAUAUAGCAGCAGCUGAUCUUAUUAGAAGACCACAAAGAUCACAUUCAGUACCUGUUGAUCAUAAUUCACGAUUUUCUAAUGGUUCAUCACAAGUAUCUCCUAUAUCAAGUAACUCACAAAAUUCACAUUAUUAUGGAAAUCAACAAACAAGAUUAACAAAAUCACCUGAAUUAAAUGAAAAUUUAAAUAUUAAAGUAAACUCAAAUCAUUCACCACAAUCACGUGGAUAUUCACAACAUACACCAAAUAUACAAUCACCACGAUCAUCAUAUGAUUCUAAUGGUGGAAGAGUUGCUGUUUAUAACAAUAAUGGUCCUGUAAUUCCAUACCCUCAAGAUAUUCCACCAGGUUAUGCUUACACAGUAACAUCUGUUGCUCCAUAUAAUUCUCAUUUAAUUAAUGGAUAUCCACCACAUAAUUGGCUUCUUAGUCAUUUCCUUACAGCCCCACAUAUGCCAUUUAUGAGUAGAGGAACAUUUACUGGACCAAAUAAAUAUCAUAAUUGGCACAGUCAUAGAUAUUAUUAUAAAGUUGGAGCUGGACCAAUUUGGUAA